GGGGGGGAGAGAGGCGAGAGUUUUUUAAGAGAGAGAAAAAGAAAGAAAGUAUUUUUUUUUUCUUAGAGGGAGAGAGGUGGGCUGAGUUUAAUUGGAUUUCUUUCUUUUUUUUUGGAAACAGAGCACAACAAGGAGAGACCCACUUCAAAGUUAAGUGGGGAGCUAGGGGGGGCGUAGGAUAAGCAGAAGCUGAAGAAGAUAACCUAGAGAGUUUGAGUCUUUCAAGCUCCCUUCACAUCCUCUAUCUCUUACAUGGUAGUGCAGUAGUGGUUGCUGCUAUGCUUAUGCUUUAACCUGCAUCAAAGGGGCGUCGGACAAGGGAUAUUUUGCUCUGGUUCUUUCUGGGUUUCUUUUGUUUUUGGUAAAGAUGGGUUCUCGCGGAUGUGGUGGUGGUGCUCAUUUCAGCAGAAGCAGAGUGUUGGUUUUGGUUUUUUGCUUAUUGGGUUUGAUUUCAAUAUCUUGCGCUGCUAGAUUGAGUGUGUCAAGACAGAAACUUGAGGUUCAAAAACACUUGAACCGCUUAAACAAGCCAGCUGUUAAAAGCAUUGAGAGUCCAGACGGGGAUAUAAUUGACUGUGUUCACAUGUCUCAUCAGCCAGCUUUUGAUCACCCCUACCUCAAAGACCACAAGAUUCAGAUGAGACCUAGUUACCAUCCAGAAGGGCGGGUCUUUGAUGAUAGCAAGGUGUCUACAGAAUCCAAAGAAACAAAAAAUCCUAUCACUCAGCUGUGGCAUGUGAAUGAUAAAUGCCCCGAGGGUACUAUACCUAUUAGAAGAACAAAGGAGGAUGAUGUUUUAAGAGCUAGCUCUGUGAAAAGAUAUGGCAGGAAGAAGCACAGAGCCAUCCCCCAGCCGAGGUCCGCGGAUCCUGAUCUCAUCAAUGAAAGCGGCCACCAGCAUGCAAUAGCUUAUGUGGAAGGGGAGAAGUACUUUGGUGCAAAAGCAACCAUCAACGUAUGGGAACCCAAAAUUCAACAACCUAAUGAAUUCAGCUUGUCUCAGCUGUGGAUAUUGGGAGGUUCCUUCGGUCAAGAUCUCAAUAGCAUUGAAGCUGGUUGGCAGGUUAGUCCAGAUCUGUAUGGUGAUAACAACACAAGGCUCUUCACCUACUGGACUAGUGAUGCAUAUCAAGCCACGGGUUGCUACAAUCUCCUUUGCUCAGGCUUCAUUCAAAUCAACAGUGAGAUUGCAAUGGGUGCAAGCAUCUCUCCUGUUUCUGGCUACCGCAAUUCCCAAUAUGAUAUUAGUAUACUUGUCUGGAAGGAUCCAAAGGAGGGGCACUGGUGGAUGCAAUUUGGCAAUGACUAUGUGCUGGGUUAUUGGCCUUCUUUCCUGUUCUCAUACCUAGCAGACAGUGCUUCCAUGAUUGAAUGGGGAGGUGAGGUGGUGAACUCAGAGCCUGAUGGUCGGCACACCUCCACUCAAAUGGGCAGUGGUCGUUUCCCCGAGGAAGGGUUUGGUAAAGCAAGUUACUUCAGGAAUAUUCAAGUUGUUGACUCCUCGAACAAUCUCAAGGCCCCUAAAGGGAUUGGCACCUUCACUGAGAAAUCUAACUGCUAUGAUGUUCAAACUGGCAAUAAUGGGGAUUGGGGCCGUUACUUUUAUUAUGGGGGGCCUGGUAGAAAUGAAAAUUGUCCAUGAAGUAAAACACCCUCCCAUUUUCACCCCCAACACAUUCUCUCUCCCUAUGUAUCAUUCAACCUAGUGCAAUGCCUCUCCCUCUCUUGUAUACCUUUUUUUUGUUUUUUAGUUUUUACUAUUAGGUUGGGUUACUAAAACAUGUGACAUCUCUGAAGCGGGAAGUUUUGACUCAUGUUUUUUCACCAAGAUUCUCCUUGUAAGUGGCUGGGGGAAGCGGCCAAGUUUCUCAAAAAGCUCAAAGAAACAGGCCUUUGUUUGCUCUCUCUGUUUUUCUAUUUGUUUGUUAACACUCCUUGGAGUGGCUUGUUAAUGAAUGAAUCAACUUCUCUCCUA